CCGCGCGGAGCCACAGUCCUGCGGACACUCAAGAGUGAAGCACCCUCCGGUCGGGAAGGAGCUGACGCGGGUUGGGCCCCGGCAGCCAUCAGCCAUCGCGCUUUGAGGUUCGGUUUCGACGCCAAGGAAUUGCAUUCUCUCUAAUCGCAGACCCUGUAAGAUUUGGAUAUGUCCUUUAUAUUUGACUGGAUUUACAGUGGUUUCAGCAGUGUGCUACAGUUUUUAGGCUUAUAUAAGAAAACAGGUAAAUUGGUAUUUCUUGGAUUGGAUAAUGCGGGAAAAACAACAUUGCUACACAUGCUAAAAGAUGACAGACUUGGACAACACGUUCCAACAUUACAUCCCACUUCCGAGGAACUAACCAUAGCUGGCAUGACCUUUACAACUUUUGAUCUGGGAGGACACGUUCAAGCUCGAAGAGUGUGGAAAAACUACCUUCCUGCUAUCAAUGGCAUUGUAUUUCUGGUGGAUUGUGCAGACCAUGAAAGGCUGUUAGAAUCAAAAGAAGAACUUGAUUCACUAAUGACAGAUGAGACCAUUGCUAAUGUGCCUAUACUAAUUUUUGGGAAUAAGAUCGACAGACCUGAAGCCAUCAGUGAAGAGAGGUUACGAGAGAUGUUUGGUUUAUAUGGUCAGACAACAGGGAAGGGCAACGUGCCUCUGAAAGAACUGAACGCGCGGCCCUUAGAAGUUUUCAUGUGCAGCGUGCUCAAAAGGCAGGGCUACGGAGAAGGCUUCCGCUGGAUGGCGCAGUACAUCGACUAGCGGCCGCCGCGGCCCGCGCCGGCCUCGCCGCUCAGGCCUGCUCAGAGAUUUGAUUGUGAACAUGCAUAACUUGAAUUCAAUAGACUUUCGUUGGUUAGAAAACAGAUAUUUUUAGAUUAUUAAUAUUAUAUCAACUUAAUUUGAGUGAGAAUUAAAAACUGAUUCAAAUAAGUUUGACUAUCACAAUGUUAGCUUUCUAAUUCCAUGAAGAUAAUUAGUUUUUACACUUUGUAAUCUGACAUGACCCCCAGCGCCAUUUAUAAAGAGCAACUUUCCAACAGGACAUUUGAAGCACUUUUUAACAGUAUGAAACUACAAAUAUAAACCAUAAUUAAAAGCUCAUCAUGUUAAAUUUUUUAUGUACUUUUUGGAACUAGUUUUUCAAUUUUAGAUUAUAUACGCCCACCUAUCCUGAGUGUACGGUUAAUAAUUAGCUUAUUGAUGAUUGCAUGAUGCCUUACAGGUUUCAAUAUUUUUUUCUUAUGCAAACAUCAUGCAAUAAAACAGACCCUCAUGUUUGGCAUCGCCAUUGGGCAGAUGUUCCGUUUUAAUGUCUGACCUAGCUGGUGUGCUCUGAAACUUCGAAUGUGUACAUUAUACAUAUGAGGUGGUUGUUGGGAAAGAAGACUGCUUCAGAAUAUUUAAGAUAAUGUUUCAGUCCCUAGAGACUUUCGCAUUUACCAGGAGACAAGUUGUGCCUGGUUGUACCUUAUACCACAUUUAUCUCUCGAUCCUGUGUAUUUUUAUCAUAACACUGCCGUUCCCAGGACCAGUAGGGCCCACGUCCUAGUCCCUGUGCGACUGGCCUUCCGAAGAAACACACCUCUCCCGGUGCAACACGCGGCUGACUCCCGGUUUGCUAGGCCCCGGCCGCUCCACUCCGGUUGUCUAGCUCUGAAGUGCUCUGAUCUUACCGGUGCCUGGUCUGGUCAUCUCUGCCUCGUCACCAAACAUAGUGACAGGCAGCAGUCUCCCCACAUUUAGAGCUAUUCCCCAGUCUCUUUACACUUCAUGGCGCUUCCCAGGCAAGUGACAAGUAGGGUCUUGUGCGGUUCUUUGUGGGGCCUGCGGAUCUGAGGGCAAAGAAAGCCUGUCCUGCUUCAGCGGUCACUGAGGUCGUGGGGGUUCUGCUCCUGUCUAAACCUCUUUUGCAUUCUUUGCCAUGUUUCAUUUCUUGGAAAGAAAAUGUUUCAUUGUGUUUCAUUUUCCUUUUUCUCAGUUGUCCUCAGCCAGCUGGUACGCCACGGCACAAAGGCUGUCAUUUAUCCACGCAGUGCUUGUCAUGCGACAGUGUUCCUGAGCCUCAGGGAUGGACUCACUGAUAAACUUUGGGUUAGCUUUCUAAAACAUUUUAAUUUCCUAAAAAAAAUUUCUUUUUUCCACUUAAGAUUCCCCUAAUUAGUAAAAUAAGAUGAAAGAUCAGUGCCAAAUAUGCUUCUUUAAAGACUCUCAAGCUUAAGAUUUUCCUGUUGGUUUUAAGCCAAGAUUUUACAGUAUAUUUAACCAAUUGCAUUGAGAAUAGAUUUGCUCCAGUGCCAUCCAGAAUAAUUUAAAUAUUAAAGUUAGUAUUUUCUCUAGCCAUUGUCCAAAUCAGUGCUACAGUCCCCUCGGCAGGGACAGGCGGUAGGAGGCAGACGAGGACAGAGGGCAGUGACUGGAAGGGGCCGCCAGCGAGCCAGACCCCCAGGGCCAUUUCCGAGCGUAGCAUGUGGGUGUCGCAACUUGGCCGUUCCUUGUCACUUUCAGCUUCCUCCUUGCUUAGAAACUUGAGGAGCACCAUGGGAAAAGUAGGGAAUGACCUUUCAGCCUGUUGGUUUAUUUUGCCAGAUAUGUUUAAAGUCCUCAUUUCUGAUGUCCUGGCUACACAGAACCAUGCCUUAUUAAAAGGAACUGCCUCUUGUUGACGGAAUGUUUCUUCAGUUGAAGUGUUAUUUCCUAAUAUCUAUUGUGAUACUGGAGAAGUUAACUACUUGUCUCAUAAAUUGGUAUAAAGGAAAAAGUUCACUCGUUUCUCUAGAGGGGAAAAAAUGCUCUUGGUACAAACUGUCUUGCUCCAGAAUUCUCAUUCUGGUUUGGCCCCUGGGAUCAAAGAAACAGACUCACUCUGUGGACCGUGUCUGAACUCUGAGCAUUUUCCCAAUGCUGUGAGAUUCUUGCGGCCUGAACCUCUAGUGAAAAGCUGCCUUUAGCGGCCACCGUCUGUCCUCCCAGCGCCAGGGACACAGGCGUGCAGCGUCCCCAGCCGGCGGCCCUCCCCCAGCUGCGCAGCCAUUCUGGCGCUCGCCCUGGGCCCUUGGCCCUGCGGAAGGGCGGCCGGAGCACUUGGGGACCGCGUUCUGCCUGUGCCUGUGCAGGUGUGCACACCUGGGGGGUAUCUGCGGGUAGAUGGUCCUGUUGGGGGUACAGGCUGACUUUGUACCUCCACGGUAAGGCAUGAAAAUACAAUUGUUAACACUUGCAUGCAGGUUAAGAUUGGGUAUCAUAUAAAUCAGGCACGGUCCAAAAGAUGUUUUAAAAUCUUAAUUCCAAAGCUAAAAAUACAAAGUCUUAGCCCACUUUUAUGUUUCUAAAGAGAUUCUUAACCCCACACCUAUUUCAGUGACUGCUGUUCAUUAUACUUUUGGGUAACUGGUUAAAUUGAUGGAUUGCAGUUUGUCUUGAUCUCAGUGAAUUUUGAGUGGAGAGGAUAGCAUUUUUUAAUUGGGGCGUCGACAUUUCCUAAAGCACAGUCGGACCCCUUAUGCCCCAGGAGAUAAGUUCCAAGACUGCGCUGGGGUGCCUGGAAGCGCAGGCAGCACUGAACCCUAUACACUGUGGGGGGUUUCUGCUCUACAUAUAUGCCUUCUCACUGUCAGAAGGCACUUUAUGGCUCCCCUUUGGCAUAUCUGAGUGCCAGCACCGUCACUCGCGCACGGGGCCGUUCGUUGUUCAGUAAAAAAGGGUUCCUAGGCCCGCGGCGGAGGGAACGGCAGGCAGGGGCGUGCGCAGAGUGGACGCCCAGGACGGGGGCCAGUUCCUGUCCGGGGGGAGCAGCGCGGGCCAUGCGGGAUUCCAUCACGUUACUUUACUCAGAAUGGCACACAAUUUAAAAUUUGUGAAUUUUUUAUUUUUGGAAUUUUCUACGUAAUAUUUUUGAUCAUGGUUGGCCGCAGGCACCUGAGACCUCAGAAAGUGGAACUGCGGGCCAGAGGAGAGACUACCGUCUGUGAGAAAGCGUCCUUUACAGUUGCUCAGUUAGCCCGGGGUCUCCGAGAGCCAAAGACGUAUGGGUUCGGAUAGCGCCUGCAUAGAUCUACAUUUUAGUUUCGUGUGCCUAUGUACUGUGGUUUACAACAUAAGCAGAACAUUGUUUUUCUUAGUUUUCAGGUGGCUCCCACUUCUCUGUAGUGCUUUCCAGUACAUAAACUACGUGUAAGUCAUUAAAAUAGGAUAAUAGCUGUGGUAAUAGUGUGUCUUGCCAUCUGCAAGAUGAUUUGACAGACCACAUUCAAAAUCCAGCAUUUUCCCAAAUUCCACCAUUAAAAGCUAUACUUUUAUAUCAGUGUUUUUUUUAAUCUCUCUCUCUCUAAAAAUCAAUAAACAUAUCCUCUGGUGAGGAUUAAAAAACAAAAAAACAAAACCAGUACACUUCUUAGUUGACAUGAUUUGAGAGAUUCAGCAGAAAGGUUCACGUUUUGUGAAACUAUUCGGUAUGUGACUCAGUGGAGCAGUUCAGUCUUGUUAGUCACAUGACUGAAGUUUGCACGGAUUUAUUGCCAAAUAAAUUUUGACUGUAGUGUACUGAUAAUAGCUCAUAUACAGGAAAGUCUCUCAAAAUAGUCUUGUGUUCAUCGUCUUUAGAGGGUAAUGUUUGGAUCAUUUGAAACAUAUGUAAAAGUUGGUGAAGCCGCACAGAAAUCUCCAAGAAAGCAUGAAAAAUAGAGAUUAGCUAAUACAAAUUCAUUGAAAAUUAAUAGAAAGUUAAAGGUAUUCUAUAAGCCUUUGCUAUUUUGCUAUAAGUAUGGAUUCAGAAAACAACAUAUCUUCAAUGAAGGACUAAAUUCUUAAAGCUACAUGUUGAUGCUUCUAGUUAUUUCCUUCAUUGCCCUUCUUUUGAAAUGGAGAUUAGUGCUUUGUAACCAAAUAAUGAAAAAGGAAAAGAAUGAGCUCUUGUAAUAGGGGACUGUGCCUCUGUGUAAAGUGACUGAUUUUGUUAAAACCAUGUUUGCGGUCCUGAACCCUCACACACACCCCUACCGCACACCUGGACAAAAAGACCCCCAAGUAUGAAGGGAAUCGGCAGUAAUCGAAGACAGUUCUGAACCAACUACUUUUUGUCUUUGUAAUGUAGGAUAUUGGGUAGCUAAUAUAUGUAAGACCACUGAUGGGUUGUUCGGGGCUUUGACUGCACUUUUAAAUAGAAUCCAAAGUAAUCAGUCAAGAAAGCAAAUUUAUGCAAAGUCCACUUUGUUUCAGGAGUGCUCUCGCCUCAGAUAGAGUGUAGGGCAGAAAUGGGAGAGGCUUGUUGUGAUUUUACACAGAACUAUUUUUGGAAAAGCUACACUGGAGUGGAUGAAUUCUUAAGCAUGUACUUCAAAUAGGGGAGGGGGGAUUAGGUUUAAUGUUAGUUUAAAAAAUUUGGAGGUAAGCGCUGGCUGGUUUGGCUCAGUUGGUUGGAGUGUCAUUCUGUAAACCAGAAGGUUGCAGGUUCGAUUCCUGGUCAGGGCACAUGCCUGCGUUGUGGGCUUGUCCCCAGUCAGGGUGAGUUCAAAAGGCAACUGAUCAAUGUUUCUCUCUCUCUCUCUCUCUCUCUCUCCCCCCCCCUCCCCUCUCUCUAAAAAAAAAAAAAAUCACAGACCAUGUCCUCAGGUGAGGAUAAAAAAAAAAUUUCUUUGGAGAUAAAAAAAAUGUGUCUAAAAAAUGGGGGGAGAGUAAAAGGGGGUGACAGUUCUACUGUGUGUAAUGUACAAGUUGUCCUUGGAAUGUUUUUCUUUAUCAACUGUAAGGAGCCACAUCAGGAGGGCCAACUCUGCGCGGGUUCCUGUGUUCCCUGGUGCUGCUCCUCACUGAACACAGUCGGCUGCCGAACCGAGGCGAGAGCGCUCAGGCUAAACGUAGUCAAGUGACUUUAUAAGGGAUCGAAGUGUUUUCCAUGAUAAGGCCUCCAGUAUUUGGCUACAUGCAGAGUAUGCUGAAGCGGUAAGGUGGUGAUAAGGUUUCAUCACUAACCCUGUUUGCACUUUGCACACUGCUUGCACGAGCAUCUUAGUGUAAAUUUUAACCAUUGUUUUACAGUAUAUACAGAUUGUUAAGCAUAAUUUAUAUAAAGAUGUUUCUGUUUACCUUUAUGUAUUUUACAAAGAACUAUCAAUACAAUAGAUGGUAAAUGUU